AUGGAUAGCAUGAGUGAGGCAUUUGAUCAAAUGCAAAUGGUCAAGGAUGUUCUAGCCAACAGUGAUAAAGUUUCAGAGGUCCUACAAGAGUCUACUCAUCAGUUCAACCUGCUUACUUCACCCACCUUCCUACCAAAGGUCAAGGAUCAAGGGAAAUUCACUCUCCCUUGCACACUUGGGCAUCUUGAGAUUGACAAUGCCUUAGUGGAUUCUGGAGCAAGCAUCAAUCUGAUCUCUCUCUCCAUGGCAGAGAAGCUAGGCAUUGCUGGAGCCUUGCAGCGCCCUACUACUUCAAUCAUGUUUGGAGAUGCAACUUCUAAGUCUCCUCUUGGAGUGUUCAAGAACUAUCACUUGAAAAUUGGAGAAUGCAUCAUCCAAACUGAUCUCACUGUGAUGGAAAUGGAAGAAGAGAAGGAUUACCUCUGUUAUUGGGAACCCCUUUCCUUAUACCAACUCAGUUCUAAGAGUCAUGGAGCUACAAAGGUUGUGAAGGAAAGGGUUGACAAAGAACCAAGAGUUGGGAAGGAUAAGGAUGAGAGAGGACCAAGGAUUGAGAAGCCACGUCUUGAGAGGGCUAGAGUUGAGAAACCACGUUCUGAUAGGCCACGAGCUGAUAGACUUGUUCAAGCCCCUUGUGUGCUUGAUGAAGAGAGCCUUCAAGCUUUGUUUGAUGAGCCACUAGGAAGGGCUCUAAAAGAAGGGGAGGAUGUAGCCUCUAAGGCAAGACCAGGGAUAAAAGAAAGGAUCCACCAGCUCAGGCCCCUUCAGUCAAGCCAUCUCAGCUCACAAUGA